CCCUCCGCUCCCUCAAUCCAUUUGACCAUUUGGGGUUCUCUUCUCCGGCAACCCCCAUUGCUUUUGCCGUCUUCUCCUUGCAAUUGAAUCUUCCAUCCUCCUCUGAACUCGCCUCUAUCCGUCCGCGCCCUUUUACUAGCGUGCAAGUGUUAGCGUGCCCAUCGAUCAGAACUACCCUGCCCGGCCGGCACCACGCCGCGGCGUGACUUCCCAACCCGCCUGCCCAAACCCUAGCCCACCGCCAGCCGGCGAUGUCGGCGCCGCCGUCGCCUCCGCCCCCGCUGCAGCAGCAGGAGGAGGGGCUCCCCGUGCCCUUGCCCGCCGCCGUGGUCGGCGACGACAAGGUCCUGGCCGCGGCGCAGCACAUCGUCAAGUCGCUCGCCACCUCCAAGAACGCUGCCGACGACAUGAUCCGCAUCCUAUCCGGAUUCGACCACCGCCUCUCCUCCAUCACCUCCGACCUCUUUCCCUCCCCCUACCCCGCCCCCUCCGACGCGGCCGCGGAGCCGGUGUCGCAGGAGGAGGAGGGGGCCUCGUUUGCCGCCUUCGACGCCGCGGAGCAGCUCAUCCACCUCUGGGACACCACCCCGGAGGCGCUCGUCUUCGAGGCCCCCGAGGACGACGCCGUGCACUACCUCUCCGCCGUCGACGUCGCCGUCGACCAUCUGGACUCCGCCGCCGUCUCGGGCCGCGCGGGCGUGGUCGUCCAGCUUGCCAUGGCGCGGCUCGAGGAUGAGCUCCGCCACCUCAUGCUCCGCCACGCAGUGCCGCUCGACGCCAGCGGCCUCUACUGCUCGCUACGCCGCCUCUCGCUGGGGUCCAUGGACGACCUCGACACCUCCUCCGAGUUUGAUCCCGCCACCCCGCACAGCCUGGAGGGCGCGCUGGACACCGCCCGCAGCGCCAGCCUCGCGGGGAACAACCCCUUCGACGAUCAGGUGUUCGACCUGGUGCGUCCGGAGACUGUGGGUGAGCUGCACGCCAUCGCUGACCGAAUGGUGCGUGCGGGGUACGCUAGUGAGCUCGCACAGGUGUACUGCGCCAUCCGGCGCGACCUGCUUGAUGAGUGCCUCACAGUGCUCGGCAUCGAGCGUCUCAGCAUCGAUGAGGUGCAGCGUGUUGAGUGGAAGCACCUGAAUGACAUGAUGAAGAAGUGGGUGCUUGGGGUCAAGACGGUUGUCCGGUCCCUUUUGACUGGUGAGCGGCGGCUCUGUGACCAGGUGCUUGCUGCGUCCAAUGAGCUCCGGGAUGAGUGCUUUGUUGAGUCCACCAAGGGUUGCAUCAUGCAGAUCCGUAACUUUGGGGAUGCUGUUGCUGUGUGCUGUCGCUCAACAGAGAAGCUUUCCCGGAUUCUUGACAUGUAUGAGGCACUUGCUGAGGUUAUCCCUGAAUUGAAGGAGCUGUUCUUUGGGAGUUAUGGGGAUGAUGUUAUCCAUGAUUUGGAAGGGGCCUUUGAAAGGCUUGGUGAUGCAGUGAAGGGUACCCUUCUUGAGUUUGGGAAGGUCCUACAGCAGGAGUCAUCACGCCGGCCAAUGAUGGCUGGUGAGAUCCACCCAAUGACACGUUAUGUGAUGAAUUAUCUUAGGUUGUUAGUUGUUUACAGUGAUACACUUGACACACUUUUGGAUGACAAUGGUGCUGGAGAUGUAGAUCAUAAUGUUUUACAUAAUGGCACUGAUGAGGAUGGAGAGUAUCUGAACAGCUUGACCCCAUUUGGACGCCGUUUGGUUAAGCUGAUAUCUUACUUGGAGGCCAAUUUGGAGGAAAAAUCUAAACUUUAUGAGGAUGGUGCGCUGCAGUGCAUAUUUUCCAUGAAUAACACACUCUAUAUUGUCCAAAAGGUGAAGGGUUCCGAGCUUGGGAGGAUUUUGGGUGAUCAUUGGAUACGGAGGCGCCGUGGCAAGAUUCGGCAAAAUUCAAAGAGCUACCUGAGAGUUUCGUGGACCAAAGUUUUAUCUUAUUUGAAGGAUGAUGGACAUGGCAGCAGUGGGAGUGGAAGUUUUAGCGGCAGUGGGAAUUUGAGCUCUAGGAUCAAAGAAAAAUUUAAGAACUUCAACUUGGCCUUUGAUGAGAUAUACAGGAGCCAAACACUCUGGAAGGUACCGGAUCCUCAGCUCCGAGAAGAACUCAAGAUUUCUAUAUCUGAAAACGUUAUCCCAGCAUAUCGUGCUUUUACGGGAAGAUAUGCGAGUCUAGUGGAUAGUGGAAGAAAUUCAGGAAAAUACAUAAAGUACACCCCAGAGGACUUGGAGAAUCAUUUAUCUGAUCUAUUUGAAGGGUCACCUGGGUCUGCCAACCACUCCAGGAGACGAUUGUAAUUUCUUUUGAUGGGAUUUGGCUACAGAUCGUCCUUAGCAUGUUUGGGAAGGGAAGAGCAGCAUGACACCAUUACACAAGUCUUCAUGAGUUUUGCUAGUUUUGCUGUAAUAAGUUAGAGGAAUUUAAUUGUUUCUUACUCUCAGACAUUGAGGAUUAUACUUUAAUGAUGCUAGGUUGUGGUUGGCUUAGUGAGGUUUGAGACUUCAAAGCUAAGAUGAUAAAAGAUGAUAGUGUGUUAUUUUUAUGCUGUUUUAUUAUCUCCUAAUAUAUGAUAUGUUGUAUGCUUUUGCGUAGUCCCUCUUUUCUAGGGAGGUGCUAUCGGAUUUUCUUGUGAUCUGGUUGGUUGUAGGUGUAGCUUCGUAGCAUCCCGGGGUAGUGUGGUUCCCAAGGUGUUGCAUUAAGCAUCUCCUAUUUUUUUUUCUAAGAAUCCUUUCAUCAACAACUUUAUAGGUUUGUUUAUUUUUGUUGUUUGCUCGUGGCUAUAUAUGGUAUAUGACUAUUGCAACUUGUUUGCCUCUAGAUUGUUUUACUAUUUGUUAUGGAAAAUAAUCAACAAAUUAGUUUUCUUUUACAAAUUCCGGACUAAUAGUCCUUGUAUAUCCUUAGCCUUCCUUUUAUUGUUGGUCUUUCUAUAGAUAAAAUUUUCCAUAUUUUGGAGUCUUUAAUCUCUAUAUAAAGAGGAGUCUAGUUUGUAAUAGGUAAUCAAUAAGUAAUUCAGUAAAGGGCUUUGCCCCCAAUCGGCUAUGAUCAGAGUCUCUUCUCGACUGAUAAGCCCCUAGAUUAUAGGGUGAUUAGCCCUUAUCUUGUUGUGUUCAUAUGGUUCUCCAAUAUUUUGGUAUCAGAUUUGUCGCUCUUGCCUUGGGUUUGCUCAAUACCGCCACCAUUGCCUCCUGCUCAAUACUGCCACCGCUGCCUACCCUGUUAAUUCCGCUAAUUUGCACUGCCACUGUUGCUUUGUUUUCACCCGCUAGAUCCUCAAAUUGGAACCAGUUCACAACGCCCCCCCCCCUCUUCCCCCUGCAGCAACCCUCCACCCAAUCCCGCCCCUACAGAAUCCAAUUUUCACAGCCCUUGUUUUCCGCUGCUAUCACCCAGCCAUCUCCAUCUAUUAGCUCCACAACACAUCGACCAUGUACAACAUGAUUCAUCUCAAGGUAGGGGUUCCGCCCUUUCCCAAGCUCUCUUUUCUUACUUACGUUGGUAAAGAAGAUCCGCAACCUGACUCAACUUCUGUGGAUAAUUUUUUUCGUGGGGAACAAAUAUUGGAAGAAGAAAAAGUCUGUUCUUCUACAUAUCAUAUGAUUGGCGAUGUAGAACAAUGGUACAUGCAAUUUGAGCGUAAUCAUGGAUUGGUCAAUUGGGAUAUGCUUGAGCACUACGUCAACAUGCGCUUUGAUACUUCCAUCUGCAGCAAUGCUUUGGGCAAACCAAUGGCACACAUCGGAGGUUAUGAUCCCAUGAAAACCCAAGCUUCAAGAUUCCACUACCCUAGCUCCCAAUAUUUGACAGCAACGAAGACCCCCAACCUUAGUUGGAUUGUUGUGAGCAAGUCUUCUACAUGCAUCAAACAUUGACAGAUGAACAGGUGUGGAUCGCCUCGUGUCAUUUGGCCGGUACUGCACAACAAUGGUAUCUUGACUUGGAGCGCAAGGAAGGAAUCGUACCUUAGAAGAGAUUCUUGGAUUGCAUGCUUAUUCGUUUCCAGUCUACUACAUCAACACAAGCCUCCCCCAGCUUGUCUAAGAUCUAUACCAACGUCGAUGCGUUGUUGAUGAAACUGAAGGAGCAGGUGCCACCUAUCUCAAUGGUCACAUUAGCCCAAGUCGUUUCGCCGCUACCAAUGUCAGCUGAAGUGCUACCAUCUGCUCUCGUGGCCACACACUCGGAGCCCUCCAUAGUGCUACUAGCUCUUGCAAUCUCAUGCAUGAUACUAUCAAAGCCUCGAGCAUUGUCACUCGAACUUGUUGCGUCGCCAUCUGCACCUAGUGGUUCAGUUCCAAUGAAGGAGGUAGAGGCAAAGCAGGAGGCAACAUUGCUUCCAUCCGCGGCGUCAGCGGUCAUCAAACAACCGCCUGCUACUUGUGCUCCAGUGUCACUUGCAUUGCCGGUGGCAAAUGUCUCACUCUCAAUCCAGUUGUCCUUAAUUGUUCCAACUGUGUCUAUGCUGAGAAACAAGGAUGAUAUCACCUCCAUCCUUCACAAUGUGGGUGUGUUCAAGAACUACAAGGAACCUUACAAGAACAUCAGACUUUCAUCAGCGUGGGACUUUCAUGGGUUGCAGCCAUGGCCACCACCGUAGCUCGAGGACGAGUUGUUUCAUAGCGAUGAGGGAAAUGUUAUGGAAAGAAAUCAACAAAUUAGUUUCUUUUUACAAGUUUCGGAUUAAUAGUCUUUUUAUAUCCUUAGCCUUUCUUUUAUUGUUAGUCUUUCUAUAGAUAAACUUUUCCAUGUUUUGGGAGUCUUUAGCCUCUAUAUAAAGAGGAGUCUAGCUUGUAAUAGGUAAUCAAGAAGUAAUUCAGUAAAGGGCUUUGCCCCCAAUCGGCUAUGAUCAGAACCUCUUCUCGAUGAGAGAAGCCUGUAGAAUAGAGGGCGAUCAGCCCUUAUCUCGCUAUGUUCAUAUGGUUCCCCAAUAUAUCAUUGUAGAUUUUCUGUUUGAAAAACAUAAUCUGUGGUUUCAUAUUAUUUGUUUAGUACCGAUGUUUAUUCUUAAGCAUGUGUUCACAUCGGCAAGUUCGUCAUUAACAAAGUGGCUUAAUUUCACUAGAACUUGACGCCUUGGGAUGAAAGCAAGAAUAUAUGUUUUUUGCAGGAAAAUCCACCUAGUAGUAUAACUGAUUUCUCCAUUCUGUUUUUGCC